GGGCGGGUGCCAGUGCCAGCAGCUGGUAGACGAAGCAGCCGAGUGCCAGUCAGGUUGUGAGCGUUGCGCCGCUAGCACACCCACGCCAGCUCGGCAGUGUUCCCGCGCCUCUAGUGUCGUGUGGUCAGAACGCCAAGGCGCGCCGCCGCCGCUUGCCUACCAUUGCCUCCGCGUCCUAUACCGCUUACCGUCGUCGGCCUCUCCCACAGGUUGGCAGUCCUCGGCGGGCACGUUGUGGAGCCUCGGUGGUGUGGGUGACGGACCAUGUCACCCACAUUACACCCACCUCCCUCCCCGCCUUCCCCUCCAGCGGGGCUGGUGGCCUCAGGAGUGCCCACGGGGCUUAAGGCCCUGGCGCAGACGCUGCCGGUGCUGCAGGUCCCCGACUCGAAGUUCGAGGAGGAAGAGGAGUCGGGCGAAGUGCAGUACCGCGGAGGCGUUGUGAACGGCAAGGAAGAACUGGCCACAGUGGCCUCCAAGAACGCCGUCACCUCCGUCAUAACCGAAGUGUUCAACAUGUGUCUCGAGUUCGACAACUGCACCACCGACUUGCCCGAGCCCGUCGCCGACAACUGUACCAUGAACUGUACCGUCGAGGACCCCAUCCAUACGCAGAGGAACUACUGGACGCUCCUGUUGCUCCUCUUUCCCGUCUUUACCGUCUUCGGCAACAUCCUGGUGCUCAUGUCCGUGUACAAGGAACGGUCACUCCAGACGGUCACCAACUACUUCAUCGUGUCGCUGGCAGUCGCCGAUCUGCUCCUCGCCUCCAUCGUCAUGCCCUUCGCCGUCUACUAUCUGUUGAUGUGUGGCUACUGGGGCCUGGGACCCAUCGUCUGUGACCUCUAUAUCGCCAUGGAUGUCGUCUGUUCCACGUCCUCCAUCUUCAACCUCGUCGCCAUCAGUAUAGACAGAUACAUCGCGGUGACCCAGCCCAUCAAAUACGCCCAUUCGAAGAAUAACAAACGCAUCGUCUUCACAAUCGCCAUCAUAUGGACGGUAUCGGUGGCGAUCGGCAGUCCACUCUUCUUCGUGAACCAGUGGAACGUGUCCAAGAAGAAGGACGUUCUCACCAACGAGUGCGCUUUCCUUAACGCGGACUUCAUCCUCUAUUCGUCCAUAUCUUCAUUCUACAUUCCCUGCAUCGCCAUGAUCUAUCUCUACUGCCGGAUAUUCAAGGCGCUGAAGGAGCGAGCGAGGAAGAAAAAACCUAAAGCGACCGAGAUCAAAGCUGGGAGCGUCAUAGAGAACGUGGCCCAGACCAGGAUGCUAGCGGAGACUACCUUAGGCACAGAGGUAAACUUGCCAACGGCGAAGGCUGCCACGCUCAUCGAGGAGGACAAGAAUACCAACAAUACUAGCAAUAGCCAGGACGAAGACGAGGAGGAUGGGGAUGACGUGGUUGGUCUCGGGGGAGAGGAGAACUGCCACAUUAUCAAGAACCCAAAGCCGGAGGAGCUUAACCUGGAGUCCAAGGAGGAGAUGCAGACAGCGGGGGCGACAGCAUUAACUCCGUCUAUACAGUCGACGAGGAACGGGGCCGCUGAGGGCAGCAGUGUGGGUCUCGAACCGGCGUCACCAAGAAAGGCUCUACUCGUCAAGCAGAAGAAAGUUAAGAUCCAGUCCAAAAGAAAUGGAGCAGCGGCCAACGUCAGUCGGACGGUGGAAGAAAGUGGGGAGCUGUUGGAGAAGAAGGACAAAAAAGCGUCUUCCGCUCGCUUCACCAUCUACAAGGUCAACAAAGCCAGCAAGAAAAAAAGGGAGAAAUCCUCAGCAAAGAAAGAGAGAAAAGCCACCAAGACCUUAGCCAUCGUUCUAGGUGCAUUCUUGGUGUGUUGGGUCCCUUUCUUCACCUGCAACAUUGUCGAUGCCAUCAGCAAGAAGACCCAGAACCCGAGCCUCGAGCCAGGGAUGGCCAUUUUCGUCCUCACUACGUGGAUAGGAUACAUGAACUCCUUCCUCAAUCCGGUUAUUUAUACCAUUUUCAACCCGGAGUUUAGAAAAGCCUUCAAGAAGAUCCUUAUGACGGAGCCUUGCUGGUCCAGUAAUUAAGAGUCAAUUGCCUCGUUAAGAGUCAUUAGCUGAUGUACUUUAACUUCUGAUCUCGCCUUGUUAACCAGAAACGAUCAUCCUUGGGGACAAAAAUAUUUAAACUUAAUUCAAGACUUAAAUGUUUUAAAAAGUCAUAUGGAAAAAAUGUAUUGAUUGUUAGCGUCUAUUCUCUUUUAGUGUUUACUAGAAUGUGAGCCAAACGUGAAACGCAACAAAUUGGCUAUUUCGAAGUUCAGCACUAAAUCCGUAGUUCCUGUCAAUUAGGACAUAAUUCCUCUCGUUCAAGAGAGAGCGAGAGUGGGACUUAAGACCUUAAGAGCUCUCUCUCUCAUAAGCUCCCCCCAAACUCCUAUAAACCGAGGCAAAACAAACCUUGCCCUCCAGUCCAGUUCUCUCACCUGCAUUCAGCCAAUUGCGUGUCCAGGUUCUUCAACCACAGCGCCCACGAGUCAAACAAGACGAGCCAGAAGCUGUGAUCAACCGUCACUUCAGUCAAGGUCUUUAAAUAACUACUAACCAAAUGACAAUUGAAUGCAGAAACUAUUUUAUAUCAGUUUGGUUGAUAUAAUCAUUGCUGAACCUACAACGCUUCAACCUCGGUUCCCAGUUAAUAAUUUGGUGACCAUUCAUAACAAAUGAAGGACUCCACCUAUACACUGUACCAUAUUUACCACUCUUGCAAAGGUGCUUGCUCUACUAGUGCGAUAACUGGAGAUUAUAUAGUUUUUUUGGAUAUAAAUAUAAAUAUAUAUAAAUAUAUAAUAUAAGGCUUUGUUUUGCAGGAAGAUUAAAUUUUAUAUUUAAUACCACAAAAUAAGUAGAAUAGCAAAUUUGUAUUGUCUUUAUCAUAGUUUUAAUGACUACAGAUCUCUGGUGUUUCUCCUUUAAAAACUCUCGUGCUAUGUAUGUAUGUGUGUGAGUGUAAGUCUCCCUAGUGUCAUGUUCCUUGGCUUAGAAAACCCAACGAGACAGUUAGAACAAGGAGAAAUACCAGCCACAGUGCUGAAGGAGAAAGAAACAUAAUAUCUGGGCCCUAGAAUAUGUAUAUAGUAACAUAUAGUCAAAUACAUGUACAAAAAAUGUAAUAUGAAUUGUACAUAGUGUUGUAGAGUGCGUGUGUUUGUGUGUGUGUGUGUGUGUGUGUGUGUGUGUGUGUGUGUGUGUGUGUGUGUGUGUGUGUGUGUGUGUGUGUGUGUGUGUGUGUGUGUGGUGGUAAUAAUGAUGUUUGACUGUGAUGAAAGAGAGAUGACAUAUUUCCUGUUAGUGUUUCCUAAUAGUAUUACUCCAUCCCACAAGCCUGGUGUUAUGUGUACCCCCUUAAUUUAUGAAUAAAAUGGACGACAGAACA